AUGGAAGCAUUUGUGGGAAUUCUCGUAGAUACUUUGAAUUCCAUGAUCGAGAAGGAGCUUAGAUUGCUUUGUGGCAUUGCAACUGACAUGCAAAAGCUUUCAAGCUUGCUCUCCACCACCAAGGCAGUGCUUGAAGAUGCUGAGCAGAAGCAAUUCACAGAGAGGGCGAUACAACUUUGGUUUCAGAAGCUCAAUGGUGUUGCCUAUGAAAUCGAUGAUAAGCGUGGGAGCUAUUUCAAUGCAAGCCGCGAGACUGGAUCCGUGGUAAAUGAGCCUGAAGUUCUUGGAAGGGACGAUGAAAAAAGGCAGAUUGUCCGCAUCUUGACGGAAGAAAUAAUUGGAGACGAUCAAAAUGUAUCAGUGCUCCCUAUAGUGGGUGUUGGAGGCCUUGGAAAGACAACACUUGCCCGAUUGGUGUUCAAUGAUAAGCGCGUAAUUGAGCAUUUUGAGCCAAAACUCUGGGCUUGGGUUUCAGAGGAAUUUGAUGUGAAGAGGAUUAUAAAAGCCUUAAUUGAGUCUGUAGACAAGACUUCUAUUGGAGACUUACCCUUGGAUGUUCUCCAAGGAAAGCUUCAAGAGUUGUUGAGAGGGAAAAGAUACUUGAUUGUACUGGAUGAUGUCUGGAAUGAGAAUUCACAGAAAUGGGAGGAAUUGAAAUCUGUUCUGCAAUGCGGAUCAAAAGGUAGUUCAAUUGUCACGACAACUCGCAUGGAGAUGGUUGCUGAAAUAAUGCGCACAUUAGGGACACAUCGUCUAUCGAGUUUGUCAGACGAUCAGUGUUGGUCACUGUUCAGGCAACGGGCAUUUGGUAGUCAAGAGGCAGAAGAAUAUCCUAACCUUAUAGCCAUUGGAAAAGAGAUUGUGAAAAAAUGUGGUGGUGUUCCACUAGCUGCAAAGGCUCUUGGAGGUUUUCUACGAUUUAAGUUGGAAGCAGAAUGGAACUCUGUGAAAUGCAGUGAAAUUUGGAACUUACCUGAAGAUGAAACAGGUAUCUUGCCCGCGUUGAGAUUGAGCUACCUUAAUCUUCCGGUAGAGUUGAGAGGUUGCUUUGCAUAUUGUGCUGUAUUUCCCAAGGGCUCUGUAAUUCAAAAAGAGGAGGUAAUACAGUUGUGGAUGGCAAAUGGAUUGAUUUCAUCUAAUGAAACGAUGGAAGUGGAAGAUGUUGGUGAUGCUGUGGUGACUGAACUACAUCAUAGAUCACUGUUCCAAGCUGUGGACAUACAUUUUUCUGGCUAUGGCGAUGUCCCUGCUUUUAAGAUGCAUGACCUUGUCCAUGAUCUGGCUCGAUCCGUAAUGAAGGCUAAACACGAUGGAACAGAGUCAAACAGAACCAUGAUGUUGGGUGAGCCAUAUCAUCAGCUAACAGUGGCUUUUCCUAUUAAAAUCACAGGCACUGACCAGUUUUCUUCUUUCUUGUCAAAAUGUGGUUCCCUGAGGGCGCUCAUUGUAAGGUCAAUGGAGUCUACCCAAGAAGAGUUUACGCAGUUGUCACAUGCAAUAAGCAACCUGAAACAUUUAAGGCAUCUAAAUCUUUCAAGAUGUGGAAUUGUUGAACUACCCAAUUCAAUUUGUGACUUGUCAAAUUUGCAAAUUUUAAACCUAAAUGGUUGUUACAAACUUCGGAGCCUGCCCAAAGGCAUGAGAUUCCUCAGAAAUCUUCAACAUCUUUGUCUAAAGGGGUGUGAGAGUUUGACUCAUAUGCCAAGUGAAAUUGGGGAGUUGACUUGCCUGCGGACGUUGAGCUUGGUCAUCUUGAGUGGCAAAAAAGACUUCCAACUAUGUGAGUUGGGAGACUUAAAUAUGCUUAGAGGAGAGCUAACAAUUGAGCACCUUGAGAGGAUUGAAGACAAAAAGGAUGCAGAAGCAGCUUGCUUAAUUAAAAAACAGAGUCUCCGCGAGUUGUAUUUGGUUUGGCAUUCCGAAAGAACGCUUCAACGGUACAAUGAUGAGGAAGUGCUCGAAGCCCUCAAACCCUGCCCCAACCUUCAAUCGCUGCACGUAGAAGGCUUCAAAGGUUCAUCAUUAUUUCCAUCUUGGAUUUCAACUAUAACAGCAGUUGAUGUGGUGGAAAGUGCAGCAGAGUACAUAGUUGGGGCCCAGGAUAGUACCGCCGCUGCUGCUGCAAUGUCCCCAUCAUUGAAACACCUGGGUUUAUCAGACAUGCCCAAUCUAAAAGGAAUGUUAGGGAGAGAAGUCCAAGAAGAGAUGCUACAAAAUCUUAGUCUUCUUGAAUCCCUGGAUAUUGGGUAUAUGAAUGAUCUGCGAGCCUUACCCAGAAGCUUGGCUAGCCUCACGGCUUUGAAGGAAUUGACCAUCGAGGAAUGUCCCAAGCUGAAGUCUCUGCCAGAAGAAGGAUUGCGAGGCCUUGCUUCUUUGCAGGAACUCUAUAUUGAAGGAUGCUAUAAUUUGGUGAGUCUCUCAAUGGGGACUAAAGCCCUCAAAUCCCUGACUCAUCUAAGCAUCCAAGGGUCAAACGCGACAGCUCUGCCAGAGGAAGUCAAAUAUUUCCCCGCACUACAAGAACUGGAGCUGAAUGAAUUGGACAAUCUAACUUCAUUGCCAGACUGGUUUGGAGGUGGCCACCUCACUUCUCUUCAACACCUGACACUAGGGUCUUGUCCGAAGCUUGAAAGACUUCCAUCCAGCAUUCAAAUGAUGAAGACACUCCAAAGUUUGUCUAUAGGUGACUGCGACCUACUGGAACCACGGUGUGAAGAGGGAGGAGAGGAAGAGAAAUUUCUAAGUUUGUGA